UGUGGGGAGACCAGAUAUAGUGAGUGCAGGGUCCUGGGAGACCAGAUAUAGUGAAUGCAGGGUCCUGGGAGACCAGAUAUAGUGAAUGCAGGGUCCGGGGAGACCAGAUAUAGUGAAUGCAGGAUCCUGGGAGACCAGAUAUAGUGAAUGCAUGGGCAGUGAAUCCGGGAGACCAGAUAUAGUGAAUGCAGGGUCCGGGGAGACCAGAUAUAAUAUAGUGAAUGCGGGGUCCUGGGAGACCAGAUAUAGUGAAUGCAGGGUCCUGGGCAGACCAGAUAUAGUGAAUGCAGGGUCCUGGGAGAUCAGAUAUAGUGAAUGCAGGAUCCAGGGAGACCAGAUAUAGUGAAUGCAGGGUCCUGGGAGACCAGAUAUAGUGAAUGCAGGGUCCUGGGAGACCAGAUAUAGUGAAUGCAGGGUCCUGGAAGACCAGAUAUAGUGAAUGCAGGGUCCGGGGAGACCAGAUAUAGUGAAUGCAGGGUCCUGGGA